GCAAGCUGUGGUAGGGCAUGAUGUUUUUCAACAGAAUUGCAUUUUUUUCUCUAUCACUAUGAAUUCUUGUUGAUCAGUUGGAAGACAAAUCCAUGUGAUCCUUCAUCAAUCACAACACCACAUGAAUCUUCCUUGACCACUCAUUCUACAUUUCAGAGAAUUUCUUACAUGUCCUUUUAUCUAUAUAUACGCACACAUCAGUCAUUCUACAACCAACACAAGUUUUAUCUUUCUUCACACAAAGCUUUUCAUUUGUUCUGCAAACUCUUUGUGAUCUUUGUUUCUUUUCCAGUUCAUACAACAUAAUGGGCUUCCGCAUGCCUCGUAUUAUUAGUGCUAAGCAAAUUCUUCGGAUGACUUCUUUGGCAGCAGACCAAGCAGCUUCAACAGCUCUAAAUGUCCCAAAAGGCUAUGUUGCAGUCUAUGUUGGAGAGAGUGAAAAGAAGCGAUUUGUGGUCCCAAUAUCAUACUUAAACCAACCUUCAUUCCAGGACCUACUAAGUCAAGCCGAGGAAGAAUUUGGGUUUGAUCAUCCAAUGGGCGGUCUUACAAUUCCCUGCAGAGAGGACAUCUUUAUCAACCUGACUUCUCAAUUGAGCAUAUCUUGAGAUUGGAUGCUAUGUACAUAUGUUACUAAACACAAUUUUGUAAAGCAGGAGUCACCAAUUUCAUGCACAAUUUCAAUCUUGUUUUUUUAUUUUCACAGGAGAGGUUUGGGAUGGAAGAAAAAAUUCUCCCAAUUUCAAAAUAUUAUAUAUAUAUAUUCAUUGAAAUCUUUGUUUA